AUGGCUAGCAUUGCUAUGUAUCGUGUCCCUCUGAACUUGACUCCUUCAGAUGUCCUGUCUGGCUAUAUGCUCCUCGCUUCCAGAGAGAUUGCGUCGGAAAGUGUUAUGGAUGGUAACGGACACAAAGCAAACCCAACAGACGUGAUCAAGAUGUUUGAACUUGGUCUAGACCAGCAACAUCAAGCGACGCGGCUUUUGAUUGCGUACGACAACGAUGAGCACAGUGCUUUGCAAAGACCUUCCAAGCACGCGGUGCUCAACACUGUGGUCCAGUCAACAACUGUAGGCGGUGCUUAUCACUGCAGUCCAGUCAUUCCUUAUAUCUUCCACCUUCAUCGAGCGACUGUCAGCAUGACGAACACUCGUGCUGCCACAGGUGUCAAUCUGUUAUACUUAGGACCACCAAACUCAGGUUUCAGGCGUGCGACCGCUUACAGGUCUGUAUACGCGUCACCCAGCGGGAGCGCAACUAUAGCGCGCGCUCGCCCAAACGUCUCCCUUUCUUCACUUCCAUCAUCUCCCUUCGCGCUGGCCCAGUUGAAGAUGCGUCGGCAUUCCAACGGGAUUCACGGGGUCCAAUCGAAUGUCGAUGAAGCGAGGUUGUGCAUAAGCGAUAUGCAUGUGGGAUACAUGAGCGUUGCCAUAGCAACGACCCAGGAGUGA